GUCAAAUGUCCUACAUCAAAGGAAACCCAUAUAAAAGCUCACAUUUAACUAAUUAGCACCCACCUCCAUCUCUUUCUCGCCUAGAAAAAAUACCAACUCUUAACUGCUAAACAAAAUAUGAAGCUAAUUGAAUAUUCACAACCAAAAUCAAAUCACAUAGCCAAAUCUUUUUUAAGAGAAACAUUAAUAAUUUCCCAUCCCAACAUGCCCAUAUUUACACACAAAUAAAUGAAAAUAAGCCUCUUUCAUGGAUAGUAGUUAUACAAAUGGAGAUAGAAAUCGACAGGCUAUCCAAAUUUUCGUCUUUCCGAUUACGUAGUAGAAACUCAUCCAUCGCCACCACCGUCACCGACUCCGAUAUCGAUGACGAUCACCGGUAUACAAGCUUGAAGGACAUCAUGAUGAAUUCACCAACACAUGGUGCAUCUAACGCGGAGGUACUGAAUGAAUUCAGCUCUCCAAAUAUAAGUAUUCGUAAUCAGUUGGUGAAGCAUGCAGCAUCGGCAUAUCUCCAGUCGACCGCCAUAUUGGUCAGUCGGAAUCAGAAUUGCUUCGUUGCGUUCUGGGGGAACAUAGAGAACAAGGGUGUAUUUCGUUCGUACUGGAACUUUUACAUCAGGAACCCAUUAAGAGCCUGUUUUCGGCCUAUAUUGAGGUUUUUUGCAUCCAUGGUUGGGACUGUUCGAAGUAGAAUGAUUCCCUUGUAAUCAAAUUCUAAUAAUUAAGAUAUGCUGGAGAGUUAUUAGUUAAUUUCUAGAUGUAAGAUGCAGACUAUAAUAUAUAUAUAUAUAUAUAUGUGAGUUAUUAAUGUCUAGGCUUUCUAAUUUUCAUAAAAGAAAAUUCAUAUCCGUUUGUAUGUAAGAAAAAUUAUUAAUGCUUAUAUUAUAAUUAGUGUAUUUUGCAAAGCAUGCAUAUAUAUACUUACAUGGUUGUGAAAAUAGAAUAUCCUAUAUGGAAGCUUGUUGUGUGUGGUUCCUAGUUAAAUGAAUUAUAUGGGAGAUGGAAUUUGUUAAAGACAGCAGAGAAUAUAUAUACAUUGGGAAUGGCUUAACAAAUUCAAAGAGUCUGGCCUCUGUAAGAGAUGUCUAUACCUUGUCUGAAUUCGUAUGAACAAGUUUCAUCUAAUAUAUAUGGAAGAUUAAAAAGCUUAAGUGAAAUCUUGGAAAAGGCUCUAGGUUUUUUUCUUUUAUCAUUAUUUAUUUAUUUAUUUAAAGUUUGAGGCAAAUUAAGUAUAGUUGUUGUGAUGGCUUUUUAAUUGGUCAUAGAGGAAGAUAAGCAAGAGGUUCAUCCAAAAUGGCUUUAACAUAUUCAAAGCUGGUAACAGAGAGAUGUUCAUGAAUCAUGCGUUGUGUGAAGGCUCUAAUUUGAAAAUAGAGAUUGAAAUUCUUGAAAGUAGAAGCGUGCUAGCUGGCUAGGUGUACGUCGUUGAUUUCGAAUAUUAAACCAAAUAUUGGCUUAUUCAGGAUUGAAACAAAACUGAGCGCAUAUAUAUAUAUAUAUAUAAAUAUAUAUCAACUGUGUACACAAAUGAUAUAAUUAAACCACUAUAACUUAAAAUAAUUGGAAGUGUAUAUAAUAUAUAAAAAUAAGAAAAGCACGGAUUAGCCAUUUAUAACAAGUAACAUAUGCAUAUUAAUUACUGAAGCAUCGCAAACCCUGAUCCAAGAAAAAGCUAAACAGACCGUCAUUAUAUAACUUAUCAAAACAUAAUCAGGAAAUCGUCAAGUAAAGACUAAAAGAUAUUAAGUGAAAUCUUCGGGAAAAAAAAAUAAAUUUCAUUUAACAUGUACUUCUCUUUUUUUUUUUUUUUUUUUUUACCCCAAAAAAACAAACAAAAUGUCUAUAUAGCAUUUCUUUCGCGUUGCGAUGGCUUUUAUGUUUACGUACGUACAGUAGCUUUCGUCAUAAAAGACUGAAGCAUGGCAGUCAGGUGCAUCAGAAUCAAAAAAAUCUCAACCACAGUAAUCCAAUUCAAUUAAGAUGAAAGCGAAAAUCAAUAAACCACAAACAACAUAUGUUAAAAAAAAAAAA